AUGGAAUGUUUAUGUUCAUAUUUAAUAUUUCACUCGCAAAUUGUGUUUAUUGUGAGUGUUUUUAGUUUUUAUUUAUUUACUGCACCAAACUAAACUAUGUUCUUACGGACAAUUUACAGAACUUCAUUGAACCAUGUAAACAAGGCUAGAAUUCCAAUAAUAAGGUAAAAUAUGGCUACAGUUCAAUUUGAUUCUUAUAUUACAUAUACAUUUCUCUCAGGGGUGUCAGCCUCACGUGGCGUUCAUGCAACUUCAAAAUCUGGAUGUAUGCUCUGAAAGUGAACGAAAACGACUAGAACGAGUUUGUGUUAGUGAGAUCACUCAUUUCUUAAUAUGUUUAUGUUUAGAUCGCCUGUGAUAGCUUUAACACAACAAGAUAAACGACAUGUUGCCACAUCACAACAUGUGAGUAUUGUAUUUGUACCGUAAUUGUAUGCUGUUAAAAUUGCCAGAAUAAACAUGAUUAUUUUCAUUGUUUAGCCCUUGUUGCUCUGUUAGGUGUGAUAGGCUAUUCGUCUUUUUUUUAUACAACCCUAGAAAGCUUUAUAUUUAGAAAGUGUUAACAACUUAACAUUCUUCUAGAAAUUGUUGAACAACCUAUACUAUAUAGUUUGUUCUACUUUGUUGACCUUUGGACUCUAUAGUCGUUUCGUACCAUACCAUAACAAUUAUCACUUUAAUAUUUACUGAGACCAAGGGAAACAGUCUGUUUUGUGGACCCGAGACCGCCCAACAGCGGUCGAGUAAAUAAGUUCCCAAGGUCUCAGUAAAUAAGUGUUUUGUUAUAUAGUAUAUAAAUUAAUGUUUGAGUAUGCAUCCACACCGGGAUGUGCGAAGAAGUCCAAUGCUCUGCCAACUGAGCUAUGUGGUCAAGUCGGUUCAACUGAAUCUAGUUCCUUCGAUAUCAGUGUAAUCUAUGAUUUUAUUUUUGUGUGUGUGUUGGUGUUAUGUACUCAGGUGAAUAUGAUGUUUGUGAUGAGUAUGCAUCCACACCGGGCAAGCUGACACCAACACACACACACAAAAAUCAAAUCAUAGAUUACACUGAUAUCGAAGGAACUAGAUUCAGUUCCGAAAUAUCAACAAUUCGAACUGACUUGACCAUGUAGCUCAGUUGGCAGAGCAUUGGACUAGUAUCCCAAAGGUUGUGGGUUUGAUUCUCACCAUGGCCAAGCAAACUUUUCAGCUUGCCCAGUGUGAAUGCAUACUCAGAGUAAGUGAGUAACAUCACAAACAUCAUAUUCACCUGAGUACAUAACAACAACUGCACACACACAAAAAUAGUAUAUAAGUGUCAAAGUAUGAAUAUUAAUUCACCGGUUAUUGGAGUGAACUUUGAAACCAAAACUAGAUAAAUGGAAUGCCUUAAAUAUUUAAUAAAAAAGUUUAAUAAAAUGAACUUUGGAACUUCACGGUUGACGUUAAUGCUCACUACACCCAUUCUAUUGUGAACCGGUCAAUAAAUGUUCUAUUAUAUGGACUGGUUGCCUCAUUUCCAGGGCAAUGCAGUAAACAUGACGUUUUGCGGACCGACACGUGAUACGCUUUUGUCCAAUCACAAAACAGAAAAAUUGAACUUUCAUUGACACUAACUAUAUAACAACUCUUGUUGUUUUGUACCCAAACUCAGAUUGUUCCGUAACUACAAAGAUAAAUUAUUAAUUAAUUAAAUGACAUUGGUGACCAACAUUUUUAUUGCUUCAUCUGAAAGAGCAUGAAAAAAUAAGCCGGUUGGCCUUUUAAUGCUCUAUUCUAUCUCAUCUAGUUCCGAAGUUAUAUGCAAAAAUGUGCAAAAUAUAAAUUGCUGAUUCAGCACAAUGUGUGACGCAUUAGUUGGGUAAGUAUGUGUAUUGAAUAGUAAACUGAAGCAUAGCUCAGUUAUUAUGGGCCCAAAUCAAAUGAAAUUUUGCAUACUGAUUGUACAUGAUGAGACGCAUUGAAAAACGCUUCUAAUUUUGUUGCCAAGGUAACAAUGUCGUUCCCAGGCCCCUUGCGCCAAUUUUAUAAAACAGCUUUAUUCAUGGUACUCAUAAGGUUAAAAUAAUAUCAGAAGUAUAUGUACCAUACUUAUGCAUGCCAAAAGUCUACUUGCAUGAUAAUAAUUCGAAAAUGACAUACACAUAGAUAAAUGCAACUAGUUAUUCAAAAUCAGUGUAAGGGGCCUGGGAACGACUGUGUUGCCUUGACAACAAAUUUAUAAGUAUUUUCCCAUGCGUCUCAUCAUGUACUAUCUGUAUGCAAAAUUUCAUUUGAUUUGAGCCAAUAAUAACUUAGCUAUGCUUUACUUUACUAUUCAAUAAACAUGUACUUACCCAACUAAUGAUGUCACACGUUGUGCUGAAUCAGCAAUUUAUAUUUUGCACAUUUUUGCGUAUACCUUCGGAACUAGAUGAGAUAGAAUAGAGCAUUAAACAGCCAACCGGCUUAUUUUUUAAUUAAUAUGCAUUUUAAUGGCACAUCAUCACAAAAAAUUGAAUUACAAUAUGCUUACAAUAAUAACAUUAUGAUAAGUUAUAAAGUUAUAAUAAAACUAAAUGCUAUAUUUACAAUUUAAAAUUUAGAUGCAAGAAAUUAAGGUAUAUAUUGCCAUAGUUUAGAGGUUUAAAACAGAUCGUCACAAUGACAUUUUUAAAACUCGAAUCAUACUUGGGAAAAAGCUUUUCUUAAAACAUUCAGUUCUACAUUUGAACGACGACCAAGUUGUCAAAAUUACGUAAAUUAUAGUUCAUGUUUUCUCUAGUCUGAGGUAAAAGAUGAGAUUGUAGUAGGUUACCAUCAGUUAUCUUUUUAAUCAUUCUUUCACACAAAGCAUCGCGUCUCAUCUAGACGAGGACAGUGGAGCUCACUCAAAGCUUCUCAGUAAGACCUACAAGGGUUGUAUUCAGUUUUUCUGGACUCUUUCAAAAUGGGAUUUCCUAUAUUCCGAUUUUUUCGUAAGGGUCAAUUGAGUCAGCCAGAUGAGCUGGUAGACUGUUAUGCCACAUAAUAAAACAAUAAGUACUCCAAAAUGGAGCCAAUGAGUGCAUAGUAAAUAUGGAUAAGUUUGUGAGGUGGAAUUCCACCCCAUUUAAGAACUCUAAGGAUAUGGAUAUGCCGAUUCCACUUAAAAUUAUUCUCUAUGACCAAGCCAAGAACCUUGUGACUCAGGGGUGUAGCGAAGGGGGGGGGGGGGUGUCUAGAGUGGGCCUAACCCCCCAAUUAUAUUGUUUGUCAGAGUUUUCUUCACAUUUUUCAGGUAGUUGACUUUAACCUAUAUUUAUGUACAUCGGUUUAUAAGUGCGUAGCCAAGGGGUGGGGCCAUUCUCUCAAUCGUAGAGAAAUUGGGGGAGGGGGGAGGGUUACACAUUACAUUCUCGAAACUAAAACUGACAAAACUCGACUGAGGACGUAACAACGAUUUACUGGCGUGCGCGAUUUGUAAAUCUCUUUAAAGCGUUUGUUGAUAUGGUUCCAAGAGGAACGGAUUUAGUUUAAGUUUUUAACUGUUAAAUACAUGUAUUUCUUUAUCAUAGCAUCAGUAUUUCAUAUCAAACUAAUUCUGUUUCUUAUGAAAAGUCAUGCAUUUUUGAGAAUGAAGGAAAUGGUGCCUCAGAAAUAUUAAUCAAAAUCACAUUGGGAUUUUCUCUACCCAGCAUCUCAAUAAAUUCCGAGGAGUAAUGUUUGGGGAAAAAGUCAUGUCUUUGAUCAGCCCGGAUACUUACAAGCAUUUUAGUGUACUGCCAUUUUUCAGCUAUAAGAAUAUAAGGCUCUGGUUGAGGCUCUGCAGUUUAUUCCAAUCGACUGCCUAAAACCUGCUACCACUUGACUAUGCAGUAAUCAAUUUAAAAAUGUAUCAUCUGAUUCAGCAAGGCAGAUGCUAAAUAUAUUUCUGGCGCCGCCAAAAAAACAGAGGAAAUCAAAUCGGCGUUCCCUUUGACCAACAGUCCAACAGAGCUUUUCAUCUGGUGUUAACCACCAUCCAGUGACUGUAGCCAAGGAUGAAAUAACUUUUAGUAAGUUAAAAACAGUGAAAACCCUGUGUAGAGCAAGAACUAUAGGGAUGAGCAGUUAGAAGAACCUAUGUUCAUGGCUUGUGAAAAAGACAUCACGGAUGAAAUACUUAAAAUGUACAGAAUCUAGCCACCCUGUGGGCUUGUUUGAAAUCAAGGUGAAUUGCGAUCGCUCUAAGUGUAAAUUGAAUGUGAUUGUAGUUGCCUAUUCUUUGAUUUUGUUAGAUCCUUUUAUUAGUUGUUCAGAACAGUUACAUUAAUGAUACACUUAGUCUAGUGUUAAUAUAAAAUAAUUCUUAAUAGAUAUUAAAAAUUACAUUGAAAUAUUAUUGAAGGAUAUUUAUAAAUAAUUAAAUCGUUAGUGGUGAAACCACACCCAAACCACGCCUCAGGCACGCCCACUUUGUCGGCAAAAAUGAGGCAUUGACCCCCCAAGCACAUAGCCUUCGCUACGCCCCUGUUGUGACUGGAAACAAUUUUCAGGGGAUGUCCCUCCAAAUUGAGACGUUAUAAAGUGGGUCCCUCUUUCAUAAGGAAACAUAUGUGCAUCUCUUUGCACUUCUUUGAAUUUAACUUCAUCAAGUUGUCGCCAGCCCAUGUAUUGACGUCAUCAACAUUAUUCUGUGUAUGGGACUCACCAUUCCUUGACAGGGACUCGGAAAUGGAGACAUCGUCCAUGAAUUUCCAAGUACCACUAUUCUCUGGGGAUGAAAUAUUUAGAUCAUUGAUCAUAAUCAAAAAUAAGAUUGGUCCCCAUUUUGUUCCUUGCGGUACACCAGCUGUAACCGCUAGCCAGUCCAAGGUAGUGAUACCAAGUCUUACACACUGUAGACCUACGGUUAGACAGAAAACUUAUAAUCUAUGGGAUCAAAGAGCGCCUUACUCCGAUAUCAAUAAGCUUACUAAUAAGCACAUUAUGUCCAAUACGAUCGAAAGCCUUUGUGUAGUCUAAAAAGAGUAGGCGGGUAUGCUUAUCAUGCAGGAGAGUCAAGGUGGGAUAGCCAAUUAUGCAUUAUAUCGAGAAGGCAAUAUCGCCAGUAUGCUGUUGAUGAUCCUCUUAAACAACCAAUUGCUGUACGUCAAUACUAUUCACAACGUCUUCCAUCAUCCAUUGUACAACAAAGUCCUCCAAGACUUUAGACAAGGAGUGAGAGAGAUUGGUCGAGUAUCUCCUUCACAAGUCGGUUGUGACACUUCGGGAAUUGGGGAAAUGCACGAAUCUUUCCAGACGGCGGGAAAUGUUCCAGAGGUUAGGGAUGUGUUAAAAAUGGUUGGGGGUAAUUAUUCCGCAAACUCGUGAGCAAAUUCGUUUAAUAUACGCGUUGUAAUGUUAUUAGGGCCACAUGCCUUGAGAGAUUAAAGAGCACAAAGUUUCUUAUAAACUUGGUAAGGUUCAAUCAUAGGUCGUGUGUCAGGAGCGGGUAGGAAUUAUUAUUUCAUUUUAUUCACAGCAUUCCACCACUUCCGACAAUCUUCUUUACGAAAUUGCUCUUUUUUUCCUGAUUGAACUUUGCACUUCAGUAGUUGCCACUGUUGCUUAUCACCUCCAUGAAAGGCUUUUUGACGAUCUUUAAUAAGUUGCAAAAUCACGAAGUUCUUGUGCUGAACGAUCAGGGGGAUUGCAAGUAAGACAAACGGCAAUCCCCGACAAGGGUCUGGGUAAGUAUUCGGGACGAAGCCACAGACACUCGAAGUUUGAACUCUCCAGGUCCAGCAUUCGUUGGCAGGGAAUGUUUUCCGACAGACAAACACCGCCUCCGCGGGCACAAGAUCGAUCAUUACGAUAAAUCUUAUAACCGUCAAGUGCUAUAAGGUCAUCAGAAAUAUCCUCGUAUAACCAUGAUUUAGUAAUAGCAAUGAUGGUUGCAGGAUUGCUAAAUAAAAGCGCUUGCAGUUCGUUGACUUUCGAGAAAAGCGAACGUGUAUUGAUAAGAUAGUAGCUUGGAAGCCGGGCCAAAAAUUGUAACAAUUAUUGUUUGUAACAAUUAUUGUUUGUAACAAUUAUUGUUUGUUACCUCCUCGUUGAGUGAUACACAGUGUCCAGGUGACUCAGCCACCCUGGAGAGCUGAUAUGAUAAUAUGCUAUAUGAUAAUAUGAUAUAACUGUGGAUAAAGGGGUUUUCCAUGGGUUUUAUAGUAACAUACAAAUCAAAACUAUUUAUGGAAAAUUGUCACACUAGUUGGUGCUGGAUAUGCCAAUAUAUACAUUUUUUGUGAAGCAAUAAAUCAAUGCAAUUUGCAAUUUACUAUAUAUGUAGGUUUUUCCAUAAAAUGAGUCAUUCCAGAAAACAUCCAUACGGAGGAAAUUGGAAGUUAACCCCCCUCCCCUCUUUGGAUGUCCUAAUUACACUUACUAUUGUCAAAAACACUCACUGUUGUCAGAUUUCCUCCGUGAGGCGAGUGUGGAUCUUUUCUGGAAUGAGCCAGUACUAAUAAAUGUAUAUUUUCACAGUGAGUCAUAAUUUUUAAAACCAAUUAUAUACAAAUAAGAUUAAUAACUCGCCAUAAGAAUCCAAGUACAAAGGGACUAUCUUUGGGUAGAAACUGUCUUAAGGAUGAUUGAAUGUGAAUUGACUAAUUCUGAGUGUGAAUUUAGCUAAGUCUGUCUACGAAACAAACAAGCCUAGGUACGAAAUGGUAAGGGUUUGGAAAGGCAGGAGUAAAAAGUGACCCUGGAGUCAGUAUUUUUAUAUGUUAAUACUAGAUUGUUGAAAACCAGGGUGUUUUAUCAAACAAACAAACCCUAACCCAAAAAUGUUCAGGGAAAAGUGCUUGAACAGGAUUUGAACCCAUGGCAUAGUAACUACCAGGGGCACACCCUGACAAGUUUGACAAGUAAAAUAGUCUGGCAUUAGAACAACGCAACUUAAUGCAUGGGUUAACCAAUAACCAGGCACAUGGGCAGAUAGUCCAGUUGACCCAAUGAGCCCCAUCGCUCUUCCCUUGACAAUAAUAUCAUCUGUAAAAUAAUAUUAGGGAAGUUAUAGCCUGCGAACAGUCUAUAUAAUAGAAAUUCGUUUCCAGCAAGUCUCGGAAACAGCCGAAAUACCAGACUCGUUCGCAGGCGUCAUUGCAAGCGUGCGAGCAGGCACUUCUUGAAUUUGUGCUUGCACAUUUUAAAAUCUCGUUAAAAUCCUGAUAUUUUAACAAAUUAUUUACAGUAGCUGUCAAAACCUAAAACACAAUGAUUUUUUGAGGCCAUUCUGUGGCCACUCUUUUCGUGCUGGUUCGACAACGCAACGCAACGCAACCUCAUUAUUCAGUUUUUGUUUAGGCUGUAAUGACUGAACAUAGUAAUUGUUUUAAUGAAUAUUUUAAUACAGGAUUUGCAAUCCUUUGCCAUGGGAUUAUUUAGUGGCGAGGCACGAACUGACGAAGUAUUUCCAUUUCCUGAAGGUAAAUUAUAG